AUGGGCACGACUGAUGCUUCCCACCCACCCACCAAGCGGCAGCUGAGGUACCAGCCCCUUCUGGCCCGCGAAUUGGUGUUCAACUGGAGUGCAUGGAUAUCGACAAAGUACAAGACUCCAACAGGUGCCUGGCACGAUAUCUUUGAGAAUGUAACUUCGAUCUUCGACGAUGAAAUUGGAGUUUAUUUGCAACCUUGGACCCGGGCCUGGUCAAGGUGGGAUGAUGGAGCGCUGGGGUCAUCCAGCGAGGAUGCUUUCACAUACAUAGAUCGUCUGGAAAAGCAGGACCAGUUGAUCUCCGAGUCGGAGUUCUCCACUGCUUUUGGAUUUGCUGCGACAGAAUUGGCCAUGUUUCCGUACUGUGUAUGGUUGCACAAACAUUUCGCCAACAGCAGCCAAGCUUGGGACGUCGUGGCACAGGGUCGGGAUUUGAACAAGACCAG